UAUCAACAAUACGGCCUGCAAUAAGGACAUUAAUGUAAUAUAUACACACAUAAUAAACUAUGUGCAUAUGCGCGCCAAAAGCACUUAGAUGAGAUAGUUCAGAUCUCUUUCAACUUAAUCAGAGAUUAGUAUAUAGCCUUGAGAUUGCAGAAACGUUAAAAUUCUUGAGGGAGAGUUUUGUCAUUCUUUGUGGUUCUAUCCGUUUCGAGGGAUUAGUAUUUACAGUUACCGGCAGAUAUACUCGAUUUAAAACAAUAAAUAAAUUUUGUCAUACCUUUUUGACAUGUUGUUAUUGGUCAUUAUCCUAUAGUUAAAGAUGCUGCUUUCAAAUUUAAGUUUAUAAAUGAUCUUCAAUUGAAGCUCAUAAGGUUGGUUAUCCAAAUAUAGUAGCAAAAUUUGAGAUAUCAAUUUUUUUUUUAGUAGUAAGAAUCGAACUCGGUGUAUUGAGAUUUACAAAUAUGGUAGCACCGAUAACUGAUAACGGAAUCCGUAGCAGAAAGAAGUCAUCAAGAGGUCACCAUAGGUUUGUGGGAGUUCGACAAAGGCCGUCAGGAAGAUGGGUGGCAGAGAUCAAAGACUCAUUACAGAAAGUAAGGCUUUGGCUUGGAACAUUCGACACAGCUGAAGAAGCCGCUCGUGCUUAUGACACUGCUGCUAGAGCUUUGAGAGGUGCUAAUGCUAGAACCAACUUUGAUUUGCCAGAAUCCGGAACCAAUGGUGGCGUUGGGGCUAAGCGCGGUUCUGGUUCCAACUUCAUGCUAGAGAAUACUGAGCCUUUUUCUUUUGAAGAUGUUAGUGACUCGGGUUCAGGUUCAGAACAUGGCCUUCUUGGUGCACUUAAGGCAAAACUUUUCGAUGGAAAAGAAGCGAAAUUUUCAUUUUCAUUUCCUUCUGUUAGCGCGGUUUCAAAAUCAACUCAGAAUUGUUCUGAAAAGAAACAAUCAUCAGCUACUUAUUGCCUAUCUCAGAUGAAUGAAACUCAUAUCAAUACUAUGCAUAGUUCAUUGAGUACUUCAUCAAACACUUUCGCCAAAAGUGUUGUUAUUCCAAAUCAUGAUCAUGAAAUUUGUCAAACACCAUCUUUGACAAACAUGUUAUGGUCUAAUGAAUUGGAAUUUGAAUUACCUUGGCCUAAUCAAAGUCAUGUUCAUCAUGAUGACAAUAGUACUAAUCUUUUUGCAUCUGCAAGUGCAUCAAAUUUUUCAUGGCCACUAAUAGAGUCCAAUGUUAACAUGACAUGUAUAGAUCAAGGGCUAUUAAAUAGUAACAGAAAUGAUCAAAUAAAUAUGAUGAGUAUGCAGUUACCUCAAGUUGGUGGAGCAAAUGAAGGAUUUUGGACAUUGGAUCAGCAGCAACAAUUUGUGCAAUGUGAAGAGAAUAAUAGUUGGUUUGGUUCUGCUGGAUCUUGGGAUCCUCUUAUCUAUGUGCCCUCUGAGUUAGCUUGAUUAUUAAGUUAAUAAUAUGUUAAUGCAAGAAAAAUUUUAAUUUGUUCAUUUUAAUCUUAGAUCUAAAAUCAUUCUUCUUCUUUUUUUACCUUGAUUUUAUAAACACCUUCUUAGGAAAGAAUGACUGAGUUUCUUCUGUGAGGGUGUGGUAAUCUAGUAGAAUGUUGUGUAAUUUGUUCUUUACAUUAUAGACCAUGUAACAAUAAUUUUCAGCAUUUUAAUAUGUAAAGUAUUAUUUUAUUUAUCUAUAAUAAAUCACUAAGU